AUGACAACCAAAGGGCCCAUCGCAGCAGCUCCGAUAGCUGAGGUACCUCUCCCUGAGGUAGAUGUCGCCAAGUCCACCGUCGACAUCAAGACUGGUGAGAUAGCGCACAAGAACGACUUGCCCUUUGAUCCGGCAGCACUCCAAGCGAAGUAUCUCCAGGAGCGCGAUCGACGCUUGGCGCGAGACGAAGGCGUAGAACAAUACACACUCCUUGAUGGUAGCUUAUCGCACUAUCUAGACGAUCCAUGGGUCGAGCCAGGGUUUAAGCGUGACCCCAUUGAAGAAGAGACCGAGGUAGUGAUCAUCGGCGGUGGAUAUGGUGCUCAGGUCUGUGCUGUACGAUUGAUUGAGGCUGGCGUGAAUGAUUUCAAGAUUAUUGAAAAGGCUGGAGACUUUGGAGGAACAUGGUACUGGAAUAGGUAUCCUGGAGCGCAGUGCGAUAUCGAAUCCUACAUCUAUAUGCCCCUACUCGAGGAAGUCGGAUACAUGCCGACGGAGAAGUAUGCGCGUGCCAAAGAGUUACUGAGGCACUCACGCAUGAUCGGAGAGAAGUAUGAUCUCUACUCGCGUGCUCUAUUCCAAACCGAAAGCAAAGAGAUGCGUUGGAACGAAGAAGAGGGGAAAUGGACUACACACACUGCGCGAGGCGACAAGAUCAAAUCGCGAUUUGUGAUACCCGCCGCUGGUCCUCUUCAUCGGCCGAAGUUUCCUGGCUUGAAAGGUAUCGAAGAGUUCAAGGGUCAUUCUUUCCACUCUUCGCGAUGGGACUACAACUAUACAGGAGGCGAUCCCUCAGGCAACUUGCACAAGCUCAAAGACAAACGUGUAGCCAUCAUCGGUACGGGCGCGACAGCCGUCCAGAUCGUACCUCAUCUGGGCGAGUGGGCAAAGCAGCUCUACGUCUUCCAACGCACUCCCUCCUCUAUCGACGUUCGUGGCAAUCGCCCGACUGACGAGGCAUGGGCACAGUCGCUCCAGAAAGGGUGGCAGAAGAAGCGUAUGGACAAUUUCGACAACAUUGUUAACGGCGGUUACGAAGAAGAAGAUAUGGUCUCGGAUCGCUGGACCGAUAUCAUUCGGUCUCUACUGACCGCUGGAAUCGAUCCAAACAACCCUGUGGAAGCCGCAGCCAAACGCCAAAUCGCAGAUUUCAAAAAGAUGAACGCCAUCCGCGCCCGAACCGAUGAGAUAGUGAAAGACAAAGAAACGGCUGACGCUUUGAAACCAUGGUACAACCAAUUCUGCAAGCGCCCCUGCUUCCAUGACGAGUACUUACCCACUUUCAACCGUCCAAACGUCACGCUCGUCGAUACUAAGGGCCAAGGUGUUGAUCACAUCACCCCUAACGGCAUCGUAGCAAACGGACAAGAGUACGAUAUUGAUUGCCUGAUCUACGCCACCGGCUUCGAGCUCGCAAACGAAUGGUCGCACAAGACCGGCAUCGAAAUCUACGGUCGUAACAACAUGACCAUUACCGAGAAGUGGGCCGAAGGAGCACAAACACUGCAUGCAUGGGGAACGCGCAACUUCCCAAACUGCUUGUUCGUCCAGAUCGUCCAAGCGGCUCUUACGCCGAAUUUCAUGCAUGUCACCAAUGAACAGGCGAUCCAUUACGCGUACAUCAUUUCCGAGUGUAAGAAACGGGGGAUUAGAACAGUAGAGCCAACGAAGGAAGCGGAGGAAGAGUGGACACAAACGAUUGUUGAUGGGACGGCUAUCCGGGGCGACUUUCUCAAGGAGUGCACGCCAGGAUACUAUAAUAAUGAGGGCAAGGCGAGUGAGAGCGGUAAGAGAAAUGCGACUUAUGGGUAUGGAAGUCCGGCGUUUAUCAAGAUCUUGAAUGAGUGGAGGGAACAGGGCGAGAUGAAGGGUGUGGAUGCUACGUAUGCCAAGGACUAG